GACAAAAGGAAGUUGUUUGGAAAAUUGAGGAUAAAGGGGAGAAUCAGAAAUGGGAAUAGCAAAGGAUUUUCCUAAGAAAUAUGAGUAGGAAUAAUCUUCUCUCAACCCACCAAUUCACUUGUCCACACUUUCCUUUUCCAAUUAAGGACUCUUUAUCUGCAUUGCAAUGGCAGCAAGGCUCACAGAUGAAUAAUUUCAAGCAAAGGAAAACUUUGACAUUAUUCCAAUUCAAUUUCAGCUUUUAGCUUUUGCAGUUUGCAAGAUUUCAUGCUGGAGCUGCAGUUGUAUUUGUAUAUAUAAAACUACCUUAGCUCUGGUGCGGGGGAAAGGACAUGAUAUAGUAUUCCUAUAUUCUUCAACAACAUUACCUACCUGUACUCUUCCUAGUCCGAGUCUUUUUUUUUUUUUUUUUUCAUAUAUUUACAUCGUGCUUUCAACUUUCUUCUUGCUCAUUCAUUUCUUUAGCUUCUAACGUAGAAGAAGCCAGAAACUUGUCAUUUCCAGUCUUUCAAAUGAGAAUCAACUCUUCCUAUCAUCACCUCACUUCUCCAUGCUGCUUUGGUUAACAGUCAUCUUGGCUCUUACCCCCCCCACAAGUGCUCACACCCAUACAACUGCUACUGUAUUGCUGUUAGGAAAUGCGAUUUUGGGGAAUAACAGUACAGAUACUGAGUUCAUGAGCAAUGGGGCGCUCCAUCAUCGCUUGCACACCUUUGGCUUUUUUGGUUGUUGGAUCUGUUGGUCUUUUUGCAGGCGUCUGCACUGUUAUUUAUUGCUUACACGGUUUAUUACAUGGAAGACGUCAGAAAAUUGAGCAGCCCACAACUGCUAAUGCCAGUGGGACUGCUGCUGCUGCUAUGAUUAAUAAUGGUUCUAUUACCCCAUCUUUAAGAUCACUUUCUGCUAGCUGUUAUAGUUCGCGAAGAUUGGGGCGCCAGAGAAGUGAAUCAUCUUCUAGCUAUAUGGAGAAGACUCAGAAUUUCUCCCUCUCAGAGCUUGUUGUUGCUACAAACAAUUUCUCAGUGCAAAACAAGAUUGGGGCUGGAAGCUUUGGCAGUGUCUACAAAGGAAAACUUGCAGAUGGUCGCCAAGUGGCUAUUAAAAGAGGAGAAACCGUUACUAAGACACAGAAAUUUCAAGAGAAAGAAAGUGCAUUCGAUUCAGAAUUAGUAUUAUUAUCAAGGCUUCACCAUAGGCAUUUAGUGGAUCUUAUAGGUUUCUGUGAGGAGAUGGAUGAGAGGCUUCUGGUUUAUGAGUUCAUGAGCAAUGGGGCACUCCAUGAUCAUUUGCAUAGAAAGGACAAUGUCGAAAAAGACAGCAGCAUUCUGAAUUCCUGGAAAAUGAGGAUCAAAAUUGCAUUGGAUGCUGCAAGAGGCAUUGAAUAUCUCCACAACUAUGUGGUGCCACCUAUCAUUCACAGAGAUAUCAAGUCCUCGAACAUACUUCUUGAUGCAAAUUGGACUGCCAGAGUAUCUGAUUUUGGGCUAUCACUGAUGGGGCCAGAAUCUGAUCAAGAACUGAUGUCAACCAAGGCAGUUGGAACAGUAGGUUAUAUUGAUCCUGAGUACUAUGUACUGAAUGUGCUGACAGCAAAAAGUGACGUUUAUGGCCUAGGUGUUGUGCUAUUAGAGCUUUUGACAGGAAAGAGAGCAAUUUUCAAGACUGAAGAAGCAGAAGAUACAGGUCCAAUGGGAGUUGCUGAGUAUGCAGCUCCACUGAUAUCAGCAGGGAAGAUGCAGAGAAUAUUAGAUACAAGAGUAGGGCCACCAGAAAUGCAUGAAGUGGAGGCAGUGGAAGUGAUGGCCUACACAGCAUUGCAUUGUGUCAAUUUGGAGGGAAAAGAGAGGCCUGAUAUUGUUGAUAUUGUUUCUAAUUUGGAAAGAGCAUUGGCGUUGUGCGAGGAGUUCCCUGCAAGAGUCUGCACUAACAGAUUCUCCAUUCCUCCAAAAUUGAGAUUUCCAUGCUAAGUAGAAAAUUUUCACCUCUCUUGUCCCUGCAUAAGUUGCUUUCUGACAUUCCAUUUCUCUUUUCCAAUAUCUUAAUGGUAUUAUCUACAUAAGUGUAACAGUGGCACAAGAGUUAGUCGGUCAGAAGGCAUUCGCCUGGAGAGAAGAGCACUUCUUUUUCUUUUGAUCACAAGAGUAUUGGAGUUUGUUUCAUUAUCACUUCUUUCUUUAUAUCUUUAACUUUAAAAUUAUCUGUACGGUAAAAUAAUCAGCAGAAGGUAUAGUUUUCCAGGAAACUUUAAGGGCAUCAAGCAAGAUUUGAGCAGAUAUGAUAAUUAAUGGAAAAAUCCUGUGUCUUGGUUUCCUAUGCAUUUUGGGAGGGUUGUGUAUAUUAAUGAACCACAAUAUGCCUGCAAUGUGGGAACCAUAAAUGCAAAAUGAAUCGUAGGCCUUAAACAAAAGUGGCCAAGAAAACUGAAGUUAGGAAGCAAAAAUAAAAUAAAAAUAAAAGGCAAUUGAUGAAGGGAAAUCAGAAGGUGGGCUCUUGCACUGUGGUGUGUCCUAAUCAUA